UUCAAACACAGGGUUUUUUAGGUGAAGCACACAGAAUAUUGCGGAAUAUUUCUUAGAAAAUGCAUGGGUUGGAUGCUUGGUGAGAGCUCAUACUGGGCUGUGUCUAUAAAAAAUAAAUCUGUGCAGCUCAUUUCAGGGGACAAAAACACCCCUUGACCAAAAUCCAUUGCAAAUUUCUCUGUAACCUCGACAAGCAACUUCUUCUUAGCAAGAAAUGGCUUGGAUGGAUCUUAUUUCUGUGUGGUUCCUAUUUGCCCUUACACUCGCAUUUCUUUGGGAAAGGUGCAAUUUCUGGAAGAGCAGUAGCCGAAAGCUUCCACCAGGACCACGCCCAUUGCCACUCAUUGGAAACCUCCACCUACUGGAUCUGAAGAGGCCUUACAGAACCAUGCUCAAGUUCUCUAAGCAGUACGGCCCUGUCUUCAGCAUCCAACUGGGAUUCCAGAAAAUGGUCGUUCUGGCGGGCUACAAGACUGUGAAGGAAGCUUUGGUGAACCAGGCAGAUGCCUUUGCAGACAGGCCCAUGGUCCCAAUAUUUGAAGACUUUGAACAUGGCCAUGGUGUUAUUCUUUCUAAUGGUGAGACCUGGAAAGUGAUGAGGCGGUUUACGAUAAGCACAUUAAGGGACUAUGGAAUGGGCAAGAAGACCAUAGAAGACAGAAUUGUUGAGGAGUGCCGUUUUCUAAUACAGAAGUUUGAAUCUUUUGAAGGAAAACCAUUUGAGACUACUACAAUCAUGAAUGCUGCUGUUGCCAAUAUUAUAGUGACCAUUUUACUUGGCAAGCGAUUCGAUGAAUACGAAGAUCCCACGUUUUUGAGAUUACUGAACAUGGUCAAUGAAAACACCCAGCUGUUUGGAAGUCCCUCGGUCAUGCUGUACAACAUGUUCCCUGCUCUGGGUUUUCUUUCUGGUGGUCGCAAGACUGUCCUUAAGAACAGGGAUGAACUGUUCGCCUUCAUCCAGGCCACCUUCGUAGAACACCUCAAAGAACUGGACGUGAACGACCAGAGAAGCUUCAUCGAUGCCUUCCUAACCCAACAGCAAGAGGAAAAGAACAAAAACCAGAGCAAUGAAUUUUUCCAUAAUGAAAACCUAAAAGCUGUUGUGGAGAACUUAUUUGGGGCUGGCAUGGAGACCACAUCGACUACCUUGCGUUGGGGCCUGUUGCUGAUGAUGAAGUACCCUGAAAUUCAGAAGAAAGUGCAAGAAGAAAUAGCAAAGGUAAUUGGAUCAGCUCAGCCUCGGAUAGAACACCGAGCAAAACUGCCCUACACGGAUGCUGUGAUUCAUGAAGUCCAGAGGUUUGGUAAUAUUCUCCCUUCUGGCGUGCCACGUGCCACCACUACAGAUGUCACUCUUGGAGACUACUUCAUCCCAAAGGGAACACAAAUCAUUCCAUUACUGUACUCUGUGCUGUAUGAUGAAUCUGAGUGGGAGAAACCCUCUAAAUUCUAUCCUGAGCACUUCCUUGAUUCCAAAGGAAAAUUUGCCAAGAGGGAUGCCUUCCUACCUUUCUCUGCAGGUCGGCGAGUGUGCGCUGGAGAGACCCUUGCCAAAAUGGAGCUCUUCCUCUUCUUUGUGAGUCUCAUGCAGAGAUUCACUUUCCAGCCAGCCCCGGGGACUUCUAAAGAAGAUCUGGACUUGACCCCAGCAGUUGGGUUCACAGCGCCUUCAAUGCCCUUCAGAAUCUGUGCUUUGCCACAUUCUUAAUAUCCCACCAUGUUUAGCUUCCUCUGCAGACCAUCCUCCUCUUCUGACCCUUUUGGCUUAAUAAGGACAUUUCAGGUUCAGCAGAACCAGGCUAUGGUUGGUCACAAACCUUUGUGUUUGAAAUACUUACCUGCGGGGUGUGUGUGUAAAAAGCCCAGCAGGAACUCAUUUGCCUAUUAGGACUGAUGCCAAGCCAGACAGAAAUGUGUUCCUUGUAUGUUCCUGCUCAAAAAAAGCCAUUCUUAUCUGUGGAACCCCUACAAACUAGAUCAAAGACGUGAUUUAGUUCAGAAUUUGCACUUCACUUCGUGAAUUGCUUGCUGUACAAUAACAUUGUUUCUGUGUCUGAUUUCUUGAAUGGAGACAUUACAGACGACUUUCAAUCCCUAAAACAACCAACGUGAGCUAACGGUGAUCAUAUACUUCCAAGUGAGAUCCUUCCAAUAUUAUCAGUUAUGUAGGCAAAAUAAAUGUAAUUAGUAUUGCAUUUUACAUAUGAAACCUUGCUUCACAAGCAUAUAAUAAGGCCAGAUGGUUUUCUUUCCUCUUUUGCUAAUUCUGGGGUUUGAGAAGAAUGUACAAAACAAAGACCACUGUUCACUGAAUGAGUAAGCAAGCCCUACUGAAUUCUUGGUGAAACAAUUUUUGUGGUUGAGAAAGAGAUGCAGAAAAUUAAAGGUAUGGGCUUUGAUCCAGUGCGGGGGUUUCUGCAGCCAGAAGGAUUUCCUCCUAGAGAACUCCAGAUUGGUUUAGUAGAAUGGUAAAAUACAAACAUUCUGAUCAUUCAUUCAUCUAGUUCACUUGCCAUCACGCUCUUGUUUAGCCAUCAGCUUUGAGGGCACAUCCCUCUCUUCCAUCUUUUUAUUCUUAAGUAGAUUAAUGUUAUGUACCUGUAAUUACAAAUAUCAAACACUGUGCAUAUUAAAGUUGUCAAAGUUAGUCAUAAUAAAAAAUAAUUCACCAAAUAUGUGACUUUGCUUUUGCUUUUGCACCUUUUAUAUUAUACUAGCAAAUGGUACUAAUAAAAAUAAUUCUCCAGUA